GGUGCAUGGAGUGACAGUCAUGGCCGACGACGUAAACCAUUGAUUCUAUUACCAAUUCUUGGACAGAUUUUAUCAGACAGUUUAUAUUUUAUUAAAAUGUUUUGGUACUGGCCUUCAUAUAUAGAUUUAAUCUUCAGAUCGGUAAUCCCGGGGCUGUACGUGGGUCGAAAUAUGUUUUGGAUUGGCGUGAUAUCAUAUGUUUCGGAAAAUUCAUCGAUUAAAUUAAGAACAUUGAAACUUGGAACAAUAGUUGCAACUUACACCAUUAGUUCAUUAAUUGGAGCAGGUCUAGUUGCAUUGAUUAAAAUGACGGUCAAUUAUUAUGGAUAUGGAUAUUUUAUAGUGCCGAUAUUGUUAAAUUUAAUUGCUGCCUUUGUCGGCUAUUGUCAUGUUAAGGAUACUUCUGACUUAUAUAAAAAAAACUAUGAAUGGCUAAGACCAAAGUAUUUACUCAAAAGUUUCACCAGCAUACUUAAAAACAAAUCGAAAAUUCGUAGAGUUGUAUUAGCGAUAUUGGUAUUAUGUCAAUCCAUAUUUGUAGCAAGAAUAGGAUGCGAAUAUUCAUUGAUCAUGCGGCACAUUAAACAUUCGUUUACCUGGUACGAUGAAGGCUACGUUCAUUUUAAUUUAUUCAAAAUGGUGGUGUUAUUUAUUGGUACUGUAGUUUCUGUUUCAUUGUUCAGCUACAAGAUGAACAUUAGCGAUAUGGUCAUUGUUAUUAUACUUUGUUGUUUUUAUAUUUUCGCUGCUGUAAUUUACGUUGUCACGAGUCAGAUUUGGAAAAUUGCUAUGAGUAAUUAUGCAUUAUAAAUAAUUAAUUAACUGUUA